GUCUCAAGGCAGCCAUGAAAAAGUCUUGGCCAGGUUGGUUGGUAUUCUUGGUCUUGAUCCGUGGUCACCAAUUCCCACGGCAUAAGGGUUGAUUACCUGCGCUGCCUAAUGUGCUGUAAGUUGGAAAAGACCUCCCGUCGUUAUUCCCAGACGUCACUGUCUCGGCCGAUACAAUACUCAAAUAUGACGGUUCUUCAGACUGUUGCUCGUUCAUCGAAUUGACCCUCUUUAUUAAGCCCGCCACUACCCAUCUCAUCCCCCAUCAACUCCUGGGGUCAUUAUCUUGGCUCCGUCUUGGCUCCACGUCAAAAUGAUCACCCCAAAAACCUGUAUCAUGGACUGCUCGGUUCAGGUGACCCCUCCAAGAAAAAGGGCCGUUACCACGAUGAUGGAAUGGCUCUGAUGAUCGUCGGAACUCGGCUGAGGGUGAGUGAGACCCUUUCUUUUACUUUCUUAUUUUUUUUUUUACUCGAUGUAACUCUCAGCUCGUUGCUUGACUCGAUUCCCGAGCUCCGAUGAACUGUUCUUGUCCCGUCUAGUCCUAGCUAGGGGUAUUAUCGGCCCCCAGUUUUGGGAUCAUUGCCAGUUCCUGAUAUCAUCGUCAUGGCCUAUCAAUCGAUUGGUAUUAACUGACAUUGUCAGGCCAGCUGGAAGAAGAAAAUACCGUGAGGGACCUUGAUCAUUCUCCAUGUUGUGUAAUUCCUAUCCAUUGUAAACUCCAUCGCCCAAUCUUCUCUUCAUUGUUCUUCUCUUCAUAUCAUAAGUAAGGUACUCAGCCAUCACCGUCAUCAUGAAAACCGCUUCACAACCUUCAGCUCCCCAUAAUGCAACAAGCAAAGUAAAGCGGCUCGUCGGCAAAAUUCGCCGCCAUUCACAUCCCCCAACUCCCGAAGCUUCCUCAGCAUCUCCCUCAUCAUCCGCAAAUCCAUCUCGCGAAUCCUCAUCAUGUCCUAUUCCACAUAUCGGCAAACAUAGUCAACGCCAGAGCCGCCGCGGAUCAGCCUCAGAUGAGGAGGAGCGCGCGCACGACCUUGAACUCUGGAACGCAGCAUACGAUGUCCUCAAGAGAGAUGGCACGUCUUCGGGUCUUGUGCUCGCCUAUGAGAGCAUUAUUUCCCAUGCACUUCCUGAUACUUUGAGGCCGGGACAUAACGGGAAUGGGAAUGGGCUGCCGACAGAAAGUGAGAGGAGAGCGGAACUUAUGAUGAUGAUCGCAAAAUCUGGUCUAAACCGCGAAGUUAAGGAGACAUCACAAACAGACUCGGGAGAUGUUGAAGCAAGAGAAAAUCUGAUUCACACAAGGUCGACUAUAGCUUCAUUACUCGAUGACCAGCCCAGCGCCGCUGUCGCUUGGGCGGGCUUCUGUUCACUAACACCACUUCUACUAGAACCCCUUCUCCGACAUGAAGAUAUUCGCCAAGGGUUUGUGCAUAUUGCACACACCAUUCCUCACUACAUGACCCUCCAUCGCGCCCUCCAUCCAUCAUCCUGGACAUCACUACCAGAGUUCCAACGUCAACAGCCGCAAGUCCAUCAGACUCUUUUAAUGCUUUAUCGACGCAUCCUCGAGUACGAGAUGAACAUUGUCUGCGCCGCUGCGAGCGCCUGGAACAUGGCUGCUCGCAACGUCGUCGACUGGCAUGGCUGGAAAGCCAUGGCUGAUGCUGUGAGAGCCAUGGAUGCUGAGUUGAUGGGCUAUGUCGAGAAGAACGGCACAGAUGAGACUAGGGCGUUGAUGGAGGUUCAGAGGAAGCUGGAGCCUGAAGGGGGAGGGCGUGGUGAGUUACAAGACGACACUUCACCAACAAAUGCAUAAGAAUACAAGAUAAGUCAACAAUGCAGGGGCCAUUACAUCAAGCAACGUCAUUUUAUAUAAAGCAAAUUUCAAUCGAUUUACCCAAAUAGCCAAAUCUACAUGUUUUCCUUUUCCCCAGUCCAGACUCCCGACUCCAUGCUCCGCCCUUUUGACCAAGCCGGUGUAGGACUUUGCCUUUAGCCUUUAGCCAAGUCGCGAUCAAAUCAACCAGUCUAUCCCAACAUCCAAUUACCAUAUACCUAAAGACCAUAAUGCUCCGUUUAUACAAGAAUACUCUUUUAAAAGCGCCCCAUUUACUGCCCAAUAUUCGGAAGGAUACCCUGCUUGUCAAGGUUGCUCAGAGUAUCGCCGUACUCGUUGAUAUGUCGCUGCCAGCGACUGACAUCGCCCUGAAAACCAAUCACCCCCAACAUGGCUGACCAUCCAGGCAUUUGGUCACGGGUCACAAGUUCAUAUACACGACAGAGGAUUCGAUGAAAUUCCACCUGAGGCCUCAUCGCAACCGCGUACAAGUGUCGCACCAAGUCAGCCCAGCCGGCGAUAAAGUCAACGUCAAACGUGGACUCGGGAUACCGGAACUCGAUAGUGUCGUACUUGGAGACAACCAGCGCACACCGGGUAGUUGUAUGAAGGGAUCCCUCAUCGAAUUUUCGGAGUGCGAUGCCCAAGCUAAUAAGGCUGUUUUCCGACCACAGGCGUUUCAUAGCUCCCAGCAGACCUCUGUCAACUUUCUUGCGCCAGUGCAGCUGUCGCAUGACCUCUCCAAGUGCUUCAACAAGAGCUGCACCCUCGCCAUACACUGUUGGUUCACCCCUUUCCAUGGCGAUUCGAGAUUCGACGCUGAUACGCGCAGAGUAAGGAGACGUUGAGCGGAAAGGAUGACACAGAGGGUACAGCAGAGAAUCUUCCAGCAGCCAGACUAAAGAUGAAAGGCGCAGCGCAGUCUCUAGCUGCAUGCUGCCGGCUUCGUUGACGUGAAGGUGUAGUCCACAACCAGAAUUAAGCCCAACUACCAUGUCGCCCUGCACUGCCGCAAGGCACUUUCUGAGGGUAGGUAGCCCCUGACUGAACUCUGCAGGACGAGUGAGGAUAGGACUGUUGAGUUCAGUUCCAUACCAGUCGUACUUAUUUGACGGUGUCAUUCCGGACUUACUGACGCAGUCUCUGGUGAUAUGACGCUCCGGAACAAUAUGCCAAAAAUCAGACUUAGACACUAAUCCGCCAACAGACACAUUAUUCCAAGUUCGAACAUCUCCGCUAUCAUCUGUGAGCGGAAGAAUUGUAGUGCCAGGGAUCUGGGCAGGGCUGGACGGCGAAGGAGGUAUGAAGCUACACGAGACGGAGACACCACUGCUGGCGAUCAAUUCGCAUACCUUGUGAAUACAAGACGGUUCGAUGUCUUUGUAGUCUCCCAUCACGAGGCCCAGAAAAGCCUCCGGUGUUGUAGGACAGGUCCAUCGAGUCUCACCAGUCACAGCGUCGGAGUUUGGAAUCUGCAGUGCAACCAUAAAUUCCAACUCGAUACCGAUACAUAUGGACUGCGGUAUCGACAUGAUGGGCUCGAGUGAUGCAGGGAUCGCAGGGGUCUUUUCUCGACGGUGAAAAUGCUUAUCGACCUGGAUGUGAUGAUAGUUUCUCAGGGAUGAGAGCAGAGAGGCUGUUGAGCAGCCAGAAGAGGCCGGAGCUCCUAAUGGGUUGCGAUUUAUAGCAGACAGCUCCAUAAUGAACAAUAUGCGGUGAGUUGAGGAAGCAAGAACAAUUCGUAGUGUUCACUCUUAUAUAUUUGUGAGUCAAAGAACAUGGCCGCAAAGAAAGUCAGUGCGUUGGUCAUGUAAGGAGAAGAGACAGGGCAGAAAAGUAAUCUUGACUCGCUCACCGAAGGGCGGGUCAAGGUUUAGGAAUUUGAGACUGUGAACGAACUAUCUUUCUAC